UGGGAGAGAACCUGCACAACAUGCUGACGGAGCUCGCCGGCAUGACCGACGAGCAGAUCAGGGAGGUGCACCCGAAGCACGACCAGGCGUCGGUACGAAGCUUGCUGCCGAGGUUUCACUACUUCCGCCAGGGGAACUGCAUCGUGCACCACAUGUUCGGGGAUGAUGUUGUGGAACGCGUGCGAUCAAACCACGCGGAUGCCUUCCACACAGCGCACUUGGAAGUGCCCGGGGAGAUGUUUCGCCUUGCCAUGGAGGCUCAGAACAAGGGGCGGGGAGUGGUGGGGUCGACGUCAAACAUUCUCGGGUUUAUCAAGGACCAGACUAGGGGGGCGGUGGCGCGGGAGGAGGCAGCGGGAGAGAAGCUUUCUUUCGUGCUGGGCACGGAGUCGGGCAUGAUAACGAGCAUCGUGAGGGCGGUGCAGGAGGAGCUCAGGGCGCACAGCAACAAGACGCAGGUGGAGAUAGUGUUUCCGGUAGCCUCGGAGGCCAUGACGGCCACUGGGGAGUCGGGCGACGGCAGCAUGCAGGUCGUCCCUGGUGUUUCUGGCGGAGAGGGAUGCUCUACGGCAGGGGGGUGCGCCACCUGCCCGUUCAUGAAGAUGAAUGACUUGCACUCUCUCUUGGACGUGGUUGGUGACGCGAACAAGUCCGGCGCUGUGCCGGACGUGUUGAAGGGUUUCCUUCCGAAGAGGCGAGCCUUCACCAUCGAUGGCCAGGACAAGACGGAGCUAGGGGUGGUCCCGAUCAUGCACAUGCGGGACCUCAUGAAAAACGGGGCUCUUUCGGACGACCUUGUAUCGGACGUGCAAUCCAGAUGUGGCUGAGGUGUUCCCGGCGGGGCAGGUGGUCCACGUGAUUCGGAUUGGGCCGGGCAUGUGUUAUUUCUUGCACGCACGCAUUAUUAAUAUGUGGACAGCCGAAACGCCAAAGUAUCGGUGAUGAUGGGAAUCUUUGCACGAAGAGUUAGUCUCCUGGGCGAUCGAAGCCCCAGGACCGUCGGUGUCACUGGCGGCGAACUUGAACCUUGACUGCCGGUCAUCUGUGCGGAGACACUUUCGCGUCACCGGUAGAUGCAGCGGUCGCUGCGUAGGGGAAGACGACGAUCAGGGUGGUGGUGUUCAACGAUCAUACGUAAUAAUAAAAUUGUUUUGCGCUUUGCCCUUAAAAGUGCAAGCGAUGAUGGUCUUCGUGACGAGCCUGCAGUAUGCCCAACACCUUUUCCCGGUGUGUAGCUUGUGUAUUCCAGAGCCACGGGAGUCGGCUGAUGUCGAAACAUCGGGAGUCGGGCCAGCGUUUUUUGGGGGGGUUAGAUGGGCGAGAUUGAGUCAGUCGCAUUCCGGCGAGUCAUGCUCGAGUGUACAGGAUAAUGGGUUAUCCGGGUCAAAGGAUCAUGUGCUGGAAACGUUGUUGCUACUGUGGAUACCGUUGCUUGGUUCUUGCUGCCGUCACGUCCCCCGUGUUACAUUUUGAAUCACAAUCAUCGACGAUUCUCCGCGAUCACACAUGCUCCGUAAUGGGCAUCACGGAGCGAAUAAGAGAUGCACCUCUCGCACCAAACGUUUACGUAGGAUAGGCCAAAACUGUAGAGCUAUCACAUCCUGACCAUCGCUUGCCGACGGAUAUCCGUCCCUUCGAUGCCGUAGGCCUCUGGCGACAGCAUCUUGCUAGUGCUGGCACCACUCUCGCGCACAGCUGGAGUAACGACUUCUUGCUGGUGGAAACGUUACCGGGGUUGUCGUUGUAGAUGGUUCGGGUGGUCUAGCAUUGUUUCACCAGCGUUAACGGAGGGACAACGUGAAUGAUAGGACGUUGAGAGAUGAACGAAGAGUUGGGAAGUCUUCUCAAGUGCGAGCAAUUGAGGGGGGGGGUGUACUC